CGUGAAGAAUCGCAUCAUAUUGUGAAAUACAUAAUAAGGGAAAAGGUUAAACGAAAAACCAAAAUCAUGGCGGUUCGCGUUCAAUUUGAAAAUAAUAAUGAAGUGGGAGUGUUCAGUAAAUUAACAAACACAUACUGCCUUGUCGCGAUUGGAGGUUCGGAGAAUUUUUACAGCGUGUUCGAAGCUGAAUUAGCGGAGACCAUCCCAGUGAUACAUGCGAGUGUUGGAGGCUGCCGAAUCAUCGGUAGAAUGACCGUAGGGAACAAGAACGGUCUCUUAGUUCCAUCUUCGACCACGGACACAGAAUUACAACACAUUAGAAACAGUCUGCCGGAGAACGUGAAAUUACAACGCGUGGAGGAACGGCUUAGUGCCCUCGGUAACGUCAUAGCCUGUAACGACUAUGUAGCACUUGUACAUCCUGACUUAGACAAAGACACAGAAGAAAUAUUAGCCGACACAUUAAACGUGGAAGUAUUCAGACAAACAAUAGCGGGAAACGUACUUGUUGGUUCUUACACUGCAUUGAGCAACCGAGGAGGGCUGGUACACCCGAAGACAAAUAUACAGGACCAGGAUGAACUCUCUUCGCUACUCCAAGUGCCCUUAGUUGCCGGAACAGUUAACAGAGGCAGUGAUGUCGUAGCUGCUGGAAUGGUGGUCAACGAUUGGUGUGCAUUCUGCGGACUGGACACAACGUCAACUGAGAUUUCUGUUAUUGAGAGUGUUUUCAAAUUAAAUGAUGCUAAACCGACUGCAAUCACAUCUACAAUGAGAGCAUCGCUCAUUGACAGUAUGUCAUAACAUUGAACUGUGAAAUAAAUCUUAUGUUUAAUAAAUAUUACAUUAUAAGUUCUGUGCUAUUGUUUUGGAUUACCAAAACUCAAUUUGAUUUACUUGUUUGUGAAUACUGAUAACACGAUUUUGUACUUCUGUUGGACAGAUUGCAUAAUGAGUACCAAUGAGUCAUUGACCUUGUUUAAAGAUAUUUAAAAUAAUAAAUAUUCAU